AUGACCACAAGUACUGUGCCGACGCGCGCGCGCGAGUUCGCGUUGCGCUCUGGCGCGGACGUGUUUGCGCCUAAGGGUCUGAUCGAGCUUGCGCGGCCGAGUGCGGGGACGCCGAAUGCGGAGGGUACGCUGGUGUUUAAUACUGUUAGCCAGUACUCUUUCGAGACUAAGAAGAACGAGAAGACGCUCGUAGUCACAAGUCUCGCGUCCAAAGCGCAAGCCAAGUACCCGCUCGAGAAAGGCGGCGAACUGUUCUGGCUCGACGGGCAGACGCUCGGGCACGUCUACUCCACUGCCGACCACGAAUCCUCUCUCUACGCCCUCUCCCUCAAAGUCGAAACCGAGUCCGCACUCUCGUUCGACGCUACGCCCGACCCGCCCACGCUGAUCGGCACCUUCCCCUCUUCGACUUCGGGCAACUUCAUCUACAACCCCUCGUCCCGCACGCUCGUGUUCAGCGACAAAGUCUACGCCGACGGCAAUCUUACGGCCAUUGCGGAGGGAGACAAAGCGUGGGAUGAACGCGGUAACAGCGCGUUCGUGUACGACGAGGGGUUCGAGAGACAUUGGGAUCAUUAUGUCGGGCCGAAGAAGAACAGUCUCUUCGCCGUCUCUCUGGAGAAGAAGGGAGAGAAGUGGGCUUUCGGCGAGGAGUUCAAGAACUUGUUGAAGGGCACUGGGCACAGUACGCCGGUGGAGCCCUUUGGAGGAUCGGAGGACUUUACGGUGUCGAAGACGCAUGUUGUGUAUACGGCGAAGGACCCGGUGUUGCCUGAGGCUUGGCAUACGCGACAGAACGUUUACAUCGUCCCGCUCGAAGGUGGCGAGCCGCGCGAGCUCACGUCCGGCAAGCAAGGCGCGACACAUAACCCCGUGUUUGACGCGUCUGGGACCAAAGUUGCCUGGCUCGAGCUCGAGAAGGACGGGCACGAGAGCGACCGCUCGCGCGUGGUCAUCUACGAUCUCGAGAAGGACGUGCGAUACACGCUCACGCAGCCCUGGGACCGCUCGCCCGACGGGCUCUCCUUCGCGCCCGACGCGCCCAUUCUGUACCUCACGGCUGGCGACCACGCUCAAGCGAAGAUCUUCGCCUUGCCGCUCCCUCCUACCCCAGAACAAAGCAGCACUUCGCCGCCUCUCCCGCCUCGAUACACCCACCCGCGCGCACUUACGUCCGGUGGUGCGGCACAUGCCGCAUUCGCGUUACCCGGUGGACGGGUCUUAUACAGCCGGAGCAGUCUGACUGGCCCGGACGACAUCUUUGUGCUCGAAGGAUUAGAAGGAUUGCACGACGCGCUGGUGGAUGAGAAAGAGGACCCAAGGAAAUCGGUCGACGAAGAAGGCGCACACCUCGUCUCCCCCAACCUCGCCACCCUCGUCAAACCGACCCAACUCACAUCUUUCACCGCCGACGCGCUGUCAUCCAAGAACCUCUCCAAACCCGAGCACUUCUACUUCACUGGCCACGAGGGCAAGCGUAUUCACGGAUAUGCGUUGAAACCGCGCGGGUGGCGCGAGGCGAGUGCGAAGGAGGGCAAGACGUGGCCUGUUGUUAUGCUUAUACAUGGUGGGCCGGAAGGCGUUUGGGAUGAGAGGUGGAGUACGCGGUGGAACCCGAAUGUGUUUGCUCAGCAGGGGUACUUUGUUGUGGUGUUCAAUCCGGCGGGGAGUACGACGUUCGGUCAAGAGCUCACGGAUGCGAUCCAAGAACACUGGGGCUCGCGCCCCUUCACCGACAUGCAAGCCGGCUGGACCCACGCCCUCUCCCUCUACCCCUCAAUCGACCCCACCCGCGCAGUCGCAGCGGGCGCCUCCUGGGGCGGCUACGCCAUCAACUGGAUCCAGGGCCACCAGUCGCAAUACGACUUCAACUUCAAAGCCCUCUUCUGCCACGACGGCGUGUUCGACGCGACGUACAACGGCUUCUCCACCGACGAGCUCUACUUUUUCCAGCAGGAGUGGGGCGGGCGGCCGUGGGACGAGAAGGCGAAGGCGAUUUUGAAGGAGUUUAAUGCGCGGGAGUUUGUGGGGGAGUGGAGGACGCCGAUGUUGAUUGUGCAUGGGAGUAAGGACUUUAGGCUGGCGGAGACGGAGGGGAUUGCGGCGUAUCAUGCGCUCAAGCAGCAAGGGAUUCCGGCGCGCCUGGUCAUCUUCCCGGAUGAGAACCAUUGGGUGCUUAACCACGGGAACAGCCUGAAGUGGCACUACGAGGUCUUCCGCUGGUUCGACACGUAUGUCGGCACAGAUGACGACGCGUCGGACGUUGAGGUUGCGAAGGUGUACGACUGA